AUGGCACAGGCCAUGGCUGCCACUCGUGUGAGGGCCCACAUCCUCACCCAAGAUGACCGUAAGUGUGAGAGAUGCUUCGAACAAGAUGGUAUGGUCUAUGACUUGACUGCCGUGGGGAUCCAAAUUGUUGAGUCCACAUGCUCAGUUGGCCACAGCGAAAUUCUGAACUACUUGAGGAAAGCUGAAGAUAUCUUGGGCAUCGACUUUGAUUGUGAGCCGGAUUCGGAGGUCACACUGAGUCCUAUCCCUGCACCGACUAAGGUACGGGAUCUAUCCAACUGUACUGGUGGCAAUCCUAUUCUUGGUACCAACGACCCCAUAUCUUCCUGCCAGCGUAACCUCGAAGUCAUUCGAAUGGGAGCUGCCUGGAGAGCCGCUCGCUCGGCCAAACCAGAGUUGAAGAAUAUUGUGCUCGCCAUCAUCGACUCCGGUGUCGACAUGACUCAUCCGGAUCUGAUUCAUCAAUUCUGGAGGAACCCAGCUGAUGGCUCCAUCGGCUACAACUAUGUUAACAAUAACACCAAUGUAACUGAUGGUUAUAGUCACGGUACUCACUGUGCUGGUAUCGCGGCCGCCCAGACUAACAACAGCAUUGGUAUUGCAGGAGUGGCGAACGUUAACGGGUCGAUCCCUAAUGUGAAGCUAAUGAUAUUGAAGAUCUUCAACUCCUUCGGAAUUGGUCUAACCAGUAGUGCACUAAUGGCUCUAAACUAUUCAAUUGCGCAUGGAGCGGCAGUGUCCUCUCAUUCAUAUGGAUGGCAUCACUACUAUAAGAUCGUCGAAACAGCGUUCAAGAACGCUGCUGCGGCCGGACAGGUCACCAUCGUUGCAGCUGGUAAUGAGGGAUUGACCCUAGAUAAAGAACCGUACUAUGCCUGCUCCUUGGCGAAGAACAUUUCGUCUAUGAUCUGUGUUGCUGCCAGUACUUCCAUUCCAGACUCAAACGUCUCUAUUCCAUCGUGGUCUAACCUUGGCUCCGUGACGAAAAUUGCCGCUCCAGGUGUAGAUAUAAACUCGACGAUACCCGUAGGGUCGUACGGAACUAAGAGUGGUACGUCGAUGUCGACCCCUACAGUUGCUGGUAUCGCUGCUCUGCUCGGUACUCUUGGUUUAACUGGUCAGAAUAUUACGGACAUUAUCAUGAAAUCCAGGACGUCCGGUAUACCCAAUAGGUUGAACCUAUCUGGUAUCGGGGAAGUAGAUGCACUAAAAGCGGUGCAUAUUGCUCUUGAAUAG